CACAAGUGGUUUUCCUCUUUUCUUGAUUAUCACGCCAGAAUAUGUUUUCUACAAGGUUAAUGCCCAGAGUUGGGUUAAUGAGAUCUCCAUUGGUGAGCAGAUCUCCAAUUGGUUCAUUGAGAAACUACGCUAUUCAACAUUCAAACAUCAAGAGAAAGAGACCAGCUGUGCGUUACAUGGUUGGGAUGUUUUUAUUCUCGACUAUCUUCUUAUUCUUUGUCUCUGGCCGAGUCGAUAAGAAGAAGCGAGUUCAGACCAGUUUUUCAGAGAAGGAAUUCGACGAGUAUGAAGAAAUCACUGGUUUAAAGAGAAGACAUAAGUUGAUCACUCAUGAAAUGAAUGACAAGUAUCAAUUUUAUGUCAUUCCUUAUGUUAAACAUGAAGAAAGCGUUGAGAGAUUGUCUCAAAGAUUGGCUCAAUUGGAUGAUAGUAAGAAUGUUAAAGUUAUUGAUCCUACUGAAUUGCUUGAACAGGAAAAGGCGGAUGAACUGAAAAAGUAUAGUUAUCUCUUGCAGGAUUUGGAUGCUGCCAAUAGACCAUAUCCACCAGGAUUAAUCACUGCUGUGAUUAAACAACAUCUUACUUUCUUGUUGAACACCAGAGAAGGCACGUUAGACACUACUUAUAUUAUCAAGAACUAUCCAAAAACUACUCAUGAAGCCAUCAAGUUUGAAAAUGAAGUUUCUGAUAUUAAGAAAUGUAUAGUUUUACAAAACGAUGUUGCUAAUGAACUUCCUAAAGUCAGCAAUGAUGAAGAAAUAAGAGCCAUUAAUAACGUCGGUGGAUACUUCAAUUCCGUUGGAAAAUCAACUACGGUUGCCAAUGACAAACAACUCAAGUCAAUUACCUUAGAAGAAUUAUAAGUCUCAUGUAUAUAGUCGAUUAUGUAAAUAUAUCUUCAGGAGUUUUAAAUUGUAACCCAGCACCAUCAGCGAACUUUUUAUCACUAUCCAGAAAGUCCUUUUUUCUUCCUGCUGCAUCACCGACAAAGAAACUGUUUUCGACGUCAACUUCAAAGCCGAAUGAGUUCAAAUACUCAACGAGCGCUUCCCACAUUCCAAUUUCUGGUUUACGUGUAUGAUUGUGUUGUUCUUCAGUACUACGUCCAUAACCUUUUGUAGGCCGUUUAGGUGAGGCAAAUACAAGUAAAUGCUUCCCAGUCUUGCUUUCUACCACGGCAUUGAUGUAAUUGAGUUUACUAGUAAAAUUUGUGUAUGAUUUACUGGUUUUUUCAGGAAUGACCCCACCUUGGUUAGUGAAUACCACAAGCAAAUACCCUUCCAGUAUCAAUUCCUGUAGUUUAGCCAUGAUAUUCUUAUCCUGCCACCAUUUCCAAUCAGUAGGCCCUCGCGAGAAUUUAUAUCCUGACUUUGUCUCAAUUAAUGUUCCAUCAAGAUCAAAUGCUGCAACUUUCACCUGCUUGGACGCAAAGUCGAUUGAAGAGGGAACAUUCUUUAUCAAGUGAGUUCCGAUUGUUUUCCAACGCGUUGCAAAUAAAGUUAUAGAUUGGUUGAGUUUAGUUUCUGUUUGUGGUAGACGUGAUGUUGAUGCUGACGAUGAUGGUAAUUUAGGCUUUGAUACUUUUGCAAUUGAUUUUGGUUUUGUUAGUAACGCAGUGAUGUCAACAGGCAUGAUUAAAAAGUUU